AUGGAUCCCAAGGGCUCCUCAAAGCUGUCCCAGGAGGUCCCCAAAUUUCAGCAGCCAGAAAGGAGGGAACCCACCAGAAAUUCUACAAAGGCUGCUGACGGAAGGGAGCUCCAGAGAGUGAUGGCGUCGGCGGCGGAGAGGGAUACGCAGGCCGCAGGAGGCCACGAGAGAGACGAAGAGAAGAAGCUCGCCCCGAAGAGGAGCUCCAACAAGGAUAGGCACACCAAGGUGGACGGCAGGGGGAGAAGGAUCAGGAUGCCGGCCCUCUGCGCAGCGAGGAUCUUUCAGCUGACCAGGGAGCUCGGCCACAAGACCGACGGCGAGACCAUCCAGUGGCUGCUCCAGCAGGCGGAGUCCUCCAUCGUCGCGGCCACCGGCACCGGCACCAUGCCGGCUUCCGCCAUCACCACCGCCGCCGGCUCCGUCUCCCACCAGGGAGCCUCUGCUUCCGCCGGCCUCCACUCGAAGCUCGACGAGCUGGGCGCCGCCGGCGGGUCCUCCGGCAGACCCAACUGGCCUGUUCUUGGCGGAAACAUGGCGCGAUCGCAGCUGGCGGCGGGGCUGUGGCCUCAGGUGGGCGCCUUCGCGCAGGGAUUCAUCCCCUCCACGGCUGGCACGGCGGCGCCGGCCAUGGGGCCCGGCGAUGGGGGCUCCUCCGCCGGGUUCUUGCCGAGGGUUGGAGUGCAGGGGCUGGAGCUCCCUGGGAGCAGUCUGGGCCCAAUGAGCUUCACCUCGAUCCAGCAGCUUCCCGGGUUGGAGCUCGGUCUCUCUCAAGAUGGGCAGAUUGGAAUUCUGAAUCCUCUUACAUUGAGCCACUAUUACCAGCAGAUGGGCCAUGGGAGGGGAGUAGGAGGAGGUGAUGGUGGUGACAAUGACGACGGCGGUCAGAUUCAGCAGCAGCAGCAGCAGCAACAACAACAACAGAGGCAGCAACAGCGACAACCUACCCCCAGGAAGGACGAGUCUCAGGGGUCCAAACACUAG